AGGCAAAAAUCCAAUGAUCCCACUAUUCUUUUGCUACUUUCUUUUCUUUGGUGCGACUGUCAAUGCAAUACGUCCAGAUAAAGAAAUAAUUAAAGAGUUUUUGGACGCAAGCAGAGCAGCAAUUAAACUUGAAAACAACGAUGACGUUCCAGAGUUAUUCCAUGAAAACUUUGAGUUUAAAACAUGUAAAGAAGAACGGUAUAACAAAGAACAAACUGUGGAUUAUAUCAUUGAUACUCUGAACCCGGACGAUUACAAUGCAACAAGACUGACAGCUAUCGACAGACCAUCAAUGGCAAAUGGCAUAGUAUUUGAUGUGAUUAUCGAUGGAAUCACAGAUGAGCCAACUUAUGCGGAGUUUAUUAUGACUGAAGAUGAACAAAACAAAGUUUGGAAACUAUUACGAGGAACCGAGACCACUUGUCCGAUAGAUAUUCCUUUAAAUGGCUAAUUCAAUGUGUAACUUAGUUGAUAUUAAACGAAAUCGAAUGUGUUUAUUGAUACUAUAAAUAUUUUGAUGUU